GCAGGAAUGGUAGCUCAGUCUUCAAGCAAGCCAAGGAACAUCACAGCAAGCUCUACUCAAGAGUUUACUCCAAAGACACCAAUGACCUGCUUCAGGGGGCAUGUCCCACCCACCGCCCUCAAGCCACACCCCUUGAGGGGGCGGAUCCUGCAACUCCCCCAGAUGCCCCAGAGCCUGAGUCUCAUUCAUUCCAGAUGAGCUGUUUCCUGACGCAGUCAACCAUGGCUCUCCUUGCCAUUCUGGUCCUCUCGCUGCUGUCGGCCAAACUCGAAGCGAUUGAGGAAGAAAUCAUACCAAGCCACACCCACCAUCUGGGCGCACCGGUCAGCAUACCGCCCCAGUCCUCUGAGGUCCAGGUGGCAGCCCGGUUAGCCACGGAGAAGUUCAGCUCCAAAUCAAGGUCUAAGAUGCUCUUCCGGCUGUUGGAUGUGACGUCGGCGGAGAGGCAGGUGACGAACAUCAUCACAUACAAGAUAUGGGCCACCAUCGGAAAAACCAAAUGCCCGAAAUCCACAGACGCCGACCUGGAAUCUUGCGUGCUGGGAAAAAGGCGCCUCUCUUGCACAUUUGAGGUGACCUACGAUCCUCGUACUGAGCAGCGGAAGGUCCCCGUUUCUGACUGCAAAAAGACCUCCGCAGUAGCUCACUGAGUCCCACGGCGCCUCCUGCUGGAUGUCUUGCAGCAUUGCGAAAACAGACAUGUUUCUUCACAAAGUCUAGACGUUUCAGGGAGGCAGCGCUUUUUAAUUUUACUUUUUAAUUUUAGCAGCCAUGCUCACCAGCAUUUGGGGGUGGGUGGGAUUUUCUGAUGAUCGAUAUGCAUGUCCAGCAAAGGAGACCCUGAGUAGGUGGGUAAAUCCUUGCACAUGAGUCAUUAUUCUUAUGGGAGUAAGCAAUCUGAGCAUUUAGUUUAAGCAUUUUAUAAGAACAACACCAGCAAUGACAACGACAAUAAUAUUACUAUUAAUAUUACUAUAUACGUGAAGUCAUCAGCCAAAGACCAAAGCCGAAGACACAACCAUUUUAUCACAUUUUGAUUGGCCUUAUACCUGUUGCUUGUGUCAUUGCUGUCUGAAUCCGCAUUUUGUCUGUAUGUUACUUCUGUCUUGAUAAUCUUAAUUUUGAAAUCUUUCAAAUGCUGCUUAUAAUAUGGCAUGCAACAUGUCUUAACGUUUAAAGUGCUUUAAUAUGCUGGUCUAGGAACAAGAAUGUUUUCCACCAGCCCGAUAAAUCAGAGACCAACCGGGGCAUUACUACCAUCUACAUGAAUCUGUAUGAAAAUGGAAAUUAAACUCCUACUUGGGGGGCUCUGGCACA